AUGGCCGGAAUAUCCACAGCGAUGAGCAAGCUGCAGCCUGGAACGCAUGUACCUUUGGUUCGACCUCGCUUUGGAGAUAUGCUCAGUAUUGAGCUGUGGAUCAUGAUAUCUGGUCAUCUGCUGCAUUUGCAAAGCCCAGAUUCUCAUGACCUUCGCAGUCUGCGCCUGGUCUCUUGGAAACUCUACCAUGUCUCAACCCCAUACUAUUAUCGGACAUUUAUAGUCCUGCCACAUCAUCUUGUACGACGACCCAGUACUCUUGGCAAAGAUGUUCUAUCCAAUGUUCGGAAAUUUUCUCAGAACAUCGUCGUAAAUCAGAGCACACCAACGUUCCCAGCUAGACUUGUUGAAUUUAUGGCGGAAUGUCCACAUCUGAAAUCUUUGGAGUAUCGUCUGUACUUGACCCUAAACCGAUCCGCCAAUUUUCCCGCGGAAGUUGCUCUUGCGGACCAAAUGUCACACCUACGGCUUCAUAUCAACGUACGGAAAAGUAACCCCCUUGGACCACCAUAUGGCCUCUAUAUCAACUUCCCCACCAUCACACAUUCCAACUUGGUCUCCCUCGAUCUGAUGAGCCAUGUAAUGGAGAGAAUACGUGACAGCGAUAUGGAUCAGCUUCGAGAUUUGCUUGUCCGCUCUGUCAAGUUGAGAACUCUGCGCAUAAUGGGCAGCAGGGUAUUUGAGUCCUGGCACCCUAUUCAUGGCCGCAUGCCUCCCCUCAGGGAUCUUUUCUUGGCCAGGUGGUCGACAACAGCUCCUCGGGGUCUUGGACAUCCCAUCUCCCAGCAUAGUUUCUGGGAUCUCUCCAAAUUGAGUAAGUUGUCGUCAAGGAGCGAGAUAGUAUUUUCUACUGUACCGACAUUCAUGGGAUCAUUCUCUUCUUUCUUCGUCGCGGGUCUGAAGUCUUUCGAAUACUCUCCUAGUCCACGACUUGGGCCGCUUUCACCAACCGAGGUGGAGGUGAAACAUCACAAAAGGGCGAAUCAAGACAUAUUGCAAUUAAUCAGAGAUAACGGGGACAUUGAGGAGCUUUUUGUAACAUGCUAUUUUGUCUCAGAAAUAAUACCCGCAAUCACAAUCACGCUUGGACAGACUUUGAGAGCUUUGAGGUUGCGUAGUCCCGAGUUUUUGGACCCGGACACGUCUCUCGAGGAUGUGAUUGCUCUCCGCAGUUCGUGUGUUGUGUUGAUAGACCUUGAAAUUUCAAUCACGUUUCCUGAUAGGGUGGAAGUUGCCCACUAUGAUCCUGGACAUCCUACCUGGACUAUCAUAUGCGAGCUUUCCAAAAUCAGAAGUCUCCAGCGACUGAAACUUGUUGCCCAAUCUCCUUCAUAUUCUGUGGAUCAAAGCCCUCAGAUGCAGAAGGCAAUCAUUGAGAUUCUCCGAGAUGAUAAAAUCGGAGCUCCAUUGUCACAGCUCUCGCUUUUGUUUCCCCAUUGCAAGAAGUUUCAUGCCAAGUACGAAUCUCGUCUGGUAGAAUAUACUUGGGAUGUCCUUGGAGAACAGACAUGCAAGAGAAGCCGAGAGCUUGUCAAAGUCGAUCAAUAUCAUAUGGAAUACGACGAUGAGGUAUGA